UGGACAAUGUAGUAAUUGGAUCUUGACUCCAUCAACAUAAAUCAUUACUCUUUUGGGGACCUGUGUCUCCCUUUUGUGCCACACAACUGGUCCAACUUGUUGAAGAUCUGAAUGGAGCAGGGGAAGGGAAGGGAAAGAAAAGGAAAGCUUGCAUGAGUGGAUUCCAUGUGCCUGCAAAAUGACGACGAGAAAAAGAAGGAUUGAGAGAGAGCUGAUGCUGAUCGGCGUUGUUUAAGCAAUAGGAACCAUUUCCAUUCAACGAGAUAAAGAUAUACCGACUCCGAAACGUCGAAAUCUGCAUCUCCUCUUCAUUUUCAACCAGCAGGCAACCACCAAACUUCGAAAAGGUGAAGCAUUCGAAUGAAUGAUCGCAUCCGACAGUCAGCGAGCAGAAAAGGAAGAAGCCAUUGGUGAACCAACCACUGGAUUUGUAAGGUCAACUCUUGCUUUACACCUGUGCAUGAUCUUCUUGUUUGUCGAUGCUCAUCGCUGGUCAAUGGCUUGUGUUGCACACAAACUGUCGGUGGGAUUUGUUUGACCCCUUCGGGGGGGGGUUGGGAGGAAGACCUUCUCACAUGACUCCAUGGCGGCAGGUGAGCUACCCAAGUGGGCUUGGAAGAAAUUGUUAGCAUCAAGUAAUGGAUUCUUCUCUAUUUUCUAUGUGUUGAAGAAGCGAGGCUGUGGGAAAUAGUGCCUAUUUCGGCUGUGGAUAUAGACGACCUCUUAAGGUUGAUAUGUGCCUGCCAUGCUUAAGGUUCCGUAUCUAACACUUGAAGGUUAUGGUGGUACAAUACGUGUAUUGGUGGGUGUAGAGGAGGAUCUAAGUUCGGAAGAAAGAUGUCAAGCUUCUUGAUUUCCUCCGACAUAUGCUCCAUUUAAGAGUCAAUAUUCCUCCGUGCAUUAAAUGCAUAUAUAUUAGGAGAGAUGAGAAGGUGAUGAAGAGGCAAAAACCCUACAAGAACAUACACCAUCAUGGAAGAAGUGAAUGCCGGUUACCAAUUACUGCGACAUGUAACCCAUGGAAGCCUGUAACUCUUCGACACUUGUGUAACUCCAAAGAUAUGCAUCCCUCUUCAUGCAUGGCCACUCUUUUGCUGCUUCUGCUCUCUUCUUUCUGUGCAUGCAUAUGAGGACUCUUCUUGGCAUCAUCUCUCUUCUUCUCUUUCUCUUGUCUUUCCCCUCUGCAUCGGAGUCGUAUGGUCUCCGCAGGCUUCAGGAGAAGGGCGGCUACCUCACCCAAGAGGAGCACUGGUUCCACCAAACCCUCGAUCACUUCUCCCCCACGUGUCAUAGUAUAUUCAAGCAGCGAUUUUACGAAUUUCUUGAUUACUACCAAGCUCCAAAUGGACCAAUAUUUCUCAUAAUUGGUGGUGAAUCAGAACUAGAUGGGAUCUACCACAGUUAUGUAUCUGUGCUAGCAAAGAAGUUUGGUGCAGCUUUGGUUUCUCUUGAGCAUAGGUACUAUGGAAAGAGUUCACCUUUCAAAAUACUGUCAACAGAAAACCUAAGGUUUCUAUCCUCCAAACAGGCAUUGUUUGACUUGGCUGUUUUCCACAAAUAUUACCAAGAGCAUUUGCAUGGAAAAUAUAAUAUGUCAGAAUAUGAGAGUGCAUGGUUUGUGAUUGGUAGCUCAUAUGCUGGAGCACUUAGUGCAUGGUUCCAUUUGAAGUUUCCUCACCUAACUUGUGGGAGUCUUGCAAGCUCUGCAUCUAUUCUUGCAAGCUACAACUUCAUUGAAUAUGACCAACAGGUUGGAGAGUCAGCUGGUGCUGAAUGUAAAGCUGUGUUGCAAGAAAUUACUACUCUUGUGGAUAGGAAACUCGAGGAAGAAGGACAACAAGUGAAGAACUUGUUUGGUGCAACUAAGAUUAGCAACAAUGUCGACUUCUUGUAUCUUCUAGCUGAUGCUGCAGCUGCAGCUUUUCAGUAUGGGUUUCCUGAUGAUCUAUGUUCUCCUCUUGUUGAUGCCAAGACAAAUGGGAAGGACUUAUUGAGAGUAUAUGCUACUUAUGUUAAGGAUUAUUAUCUUAGGAGAUACUCGUCGAUCGAACUUUACGAUCGUCAACAUUUUCGGAAUACGACUCCCAGUGAAAUUAGCGCGGGUCGAUUAUGGUCUUUCCAAAUUUGUACCGAAUUUGGAAAUUUCCAAGUGGCACCAAAAUUUGAUGCUAUUCGUUCACCAAAGAUUGAUUUAAGGUAUCAUCUGGACCUUUGCAAGGAUAUGUUUGGAGAAGGGAUCUCCCCAAACCUGAAUAUGACCAACAUUUAUUAUGGAGGCACAAAUAUUGCUGGUUCAAAAAUAAUCUUUACCAAUGGCUCACAAGAUCCUUGGCGCCAUGCAUCCAAGCAAACAUCAACCAAAGAUUUGCCUUCCUACUUGAUCAAAUGUCACAAUUGCGCCCAUGGCAUCGAUAUCAUUGGUUGCCCUAAGUCAGCUUCAAAAAUUAAAGGUGGUCUGGAACAGUGCACAACAGCGGUGCAACAAGUGAGACAGCACAUCACAGACCACGUUGGCUUGUGGCUUUCACAAUGUUCAGUCACUAUGAGUUCAUAA